AUGCUUUACCUAUCGCCAGCACUUCGAAAUGUCCUCAUAGGGCUGAUCUUGUCCUAUCCAAUUCCCAGCACUGCCAAGGAUGCCUGUGACCUCACGUACGAUCUGCAUCAAGGCAUCGUCCACGAACAACCGGUAUCGAUCAACACCGAUGUCCUUUGGAAUACAACCUUCUUUCCGAUACCCGAGCAUGGAGUUACGGUCACAAAUGCACCAACAAGUUUCCGUGGUAUUACGACGUUCCGAUGGACGGAGCUACUGUCUUAUACAACCAAAGUCCGCUCGCCGUCAUUGGCGUCGGAAGCACAAGUAGCAUCGAUUUCGGCGACGCCUACGCCCGCCUUUGCAGAGUCAGAAUUCGUAUUGCUGGUGCUAGGGGAUAAGAGGAACGAGAAGAGACAAAGUGGAUCGGUCUACAUGUCCGCAUUUGGAACGAUUACCAACGACUGUACAACGUCACCGAUCUACGCCAUUACCAACGGCGUUCUUACUGCGACGGUCAAUGGAACGAUGUAUACCUACUCUGCGACUGCUGGGCUGCCUUACAUUCAAUUCGCACCAACCACGAUACCCGGAGCUAUCACCACGCAAUUCACCAUCGGCAGCGGCGGAACAUUGACUUGGUUCAACGCAGCCUUUUACAAUGGACAAGCGUCGUUCUGCGCAUUGCAGAACGGAACUGUAUACGCCGUGUUACAAGAGAACGCACAGCCAGAGGCUUGUCUAUUCAUUCAGCUGAGCUUGUUCGCCGCGUCGAGCUGUCAAGGCUUGGUUCUUUCGUCAGGGCCGACGGGGCCGACGGGUCCAAUGGGGCCGACUGGACCAACAGAUAAGUGUCGAGUCUUUGAUAUUGCGGACUACAAGCUGACAAUUCGAACGACCGACAGGGGCCAAGCCUCAACAGGUCCGAGCGGAGCUACAGAUACGUACUACCACUUCCCAUGGAAGUUCCUCAGGCUGACCUUUCUUCACGAGCCACAGGAGCUACAGAUAUCUACUGGUAUUAGUGGUCAAGUCGGAGCUACAGGACCAACCGGUCCCACGGGGAGCAUUGGUCCGUCCGGGCCUACCGGACAAAGUGGACAAAUCGGAGCUAUAGGACCGACUGGUCCGACGGGGAGCAUUGGUCCUUCGGGAGCUACAGGCCAAAGCGGCCAAAUUGGAGCAAUAGGACCGACCGGUCCGACGGGGAGCAUUGGCCCAUCGGGACCUUCAGGCGCAAGUGGCCAGGUUGGAGCUUCAGGCCCAUCGGGACGUACAGGUGCGAGCGGUCAGAUUGGGGCCAUAGGCCCAUCAGGUCCUACCGGUCCGACUGGUAGCAUUGGCCCAGCUGGUGCCACAGGUCUCACUGGUCCGACUGGAAGCACUGGUCCAAGCGGUCCUUCCGGAGCCACUGGCAUAAGCGGCCAAAUUGGUGCUACUGGCAGCGUCGGUCCAUCGGGACCGUCCGGAAUGAGCGGCCAAGUUGGGGCAAUCGGUCCUACAGGCUCACAAGGAAGCCAAGGAAUUCCGGGCCCAAGCGGACCUUCGGGUCCCCAAGGCGCAAGCGGAUUAAUCGGAGCUACGGGUUCCACAGGUCCUACAGGAAGCACGGUAAGUUCCCUGCUACCAUAA